AUGUCCUCCGCCGUGGCGCAGGCGCUGCCGCCGUCGAUUCUCGCGCUCUUCGCGCCUCGCCCGCCGCCCCCAUUCAAGCCGGCGCCUGAGAAGCGCAAGAUGCCGCGCUACGGCACGGUCGCGCACCUCGUCUCCGAGUUCGAGGAGCCGUCCGCGACGCCAGCGCCAAAGCCGGCCGCUGUGGUAGAGUCGAAGGAGGCGCGCCGCGCGCGCAAGGCCGAGAAGCGCAAGGCCAAGGGCGAGGCCGAUCUCGAGGCGAAGGUCGAGGCGUACGACCCGAACGAGGACAGCAAAAUCAAGGGCGACCCCUACAAGACGCUCUUCGCGAAGCUGAAGAAGGAGUUCGAGCAGUACCUCGUCCCCUCCGUGCUCUUUCUCUCCGUCUCGUUCCUCUCGCGAGUCUCUUUGGCAUCGGGCAUGGCGAUGCCGCGUGUCGCCGCGGCAACGAUCAUGCUCCUCACUCUCAACGGGCUCCGGGCGCAAGUUCAAGAGCAGAUGCCCGUUGGUGGUGAGUUCCGUGGCUGGAGCCAUGCCGUUGCGAACACCCUCUGA